AAAAAAAUAUUUAUUUUUCAAUUUAUUUUCGUGGAUAUAAAUUUUUAAGAGUAUCGUUUUGUGCUCGUCUCGAAGUUUCAUCUUGAAGAAUUUGUUUAAGAACGGCCAAUUCUCUUUCAGCCUAAAAAAUAUUUUUAAUUGAAAAAUUAUUAUUUUUCUCGCCUUUUCACGUGCAGCACCCUCUUGAGCUAUUUUUUGUCUAAGAAAAACUAAUUCUUGUUUUGCUUCGUUUGCCUCUUUUUCUGCAUAUUGGAGUUUUUGUUGAGGCUAUAUUCAAAUAAAAAAAUUUUUGAAUUUUAAAUUAGUCGAAUCUCACUAUAGGAUACCCCCAAUACUAUAAUUUUUUUAGACUUUGGUUGGCCGUUGGGUAAGGGAAAAGCUACAUAAAUGAUGCUCCAAUAUACACAAAAUACUAGGCAUAUGGUGGAAGCAUGGUUAAUUCUUACGCCUUUUUAAGUUGGUUCUUGUACCUACCAGGGAUGGAUUCGGUUAUAUGUAGUGUCGUUUCCUGGCCCCCUUUUUCCUCCCCAGUUCGUUCCUGUUUUUUAGAUAAUAGCCAGACUUUCUCCUUUCUUCCAUCACAAUUGCCUUUCUAUAGUUUGCCUACAAACAAUCAAAAAGGAAUUAAAUUUCAUUAA